GGUCUACCCAACAUCUUUCAGGAAGUCUCAUCCUGCUGUAACAAGCUCUUCUCUUCUUCUUUUCAUUCUCCUAAACUAAAGCUUGCUGAUUAAAUUACUUUCUGGGCUUUUGUUCUCUCAUCUCUGCAUCUUCUACUGUUAUUGUCAACAUCUUCCAACACUCUUUGUCGCUGUCACUCAACACAGAGUGCUAGUGUGCUGACAAUAGCAAGGAAGUUUGCUAGUUGUAUUUCUUUCUGGGCAUUUGUUCUGUGCAUCUUCUAGUAUUCCAAUAACUAUCUGUCCUCCAGGAAAGGGACAAGCUAAUAUGGACUUGAUUGGACCAAUCAUUGAGGUUAUUAAGUUCAUUGGUCAACCAGCUAGAAACUAUCUAAAAUACCACAGAAAAUUCAGUGAAUACGUGGAUAGUUUCAAACAAGCUCAAGCAGAUUUGCAUGACCGCAAGGCAGAUAUUCAUCAACAUUUGCAAGACAAGCAUCGUUUUGGGAAAAAGCCAAAGCAGGAAGUUGAAAGUUGGUUCAAGAAAGUAGAGGAGAAGCUUGGUCAUGCUCAACGUGUUGAAGAUAAAGUCAGUAAAGGGAAAUAUCUCUUUCGAUCUUGCUUGGGGAAGCUUGUUGAUGAAACGACUCAAGCAUUGAAGGAAGUAUCUGCUGAAGGUCGUUUCUCCGGGAGCCUUUUGGUUAAUGACCCCUCUACCAUAGCCGUUAAACUACCAACACCAGAAUUAGCAGGUGAAGCUAAUGCAACAGAGGAAAUUUAUAAGUAUUUGAUGGGAGAUGAAGUUAGAAUGAUUGGAGUGUGUGGGAUGGGAGGAAUCGGGAAAACAACCAUAAUGAAGCAUGUUCAUAAUAGGUUGUUGAAAGAAACAAUGUUUGGCAAAUUGAUUUGGGUAACUGUAUCCCAAGACUUUGAUGUUCGAAGGCUACAAAACAAAAUUGCAAGUCAAUUGAAGAAAAACUUGUCAGAUGAUGAGGAUACUACUAUACGUGCAGCAUUGUUAUCUGAAAUGUUGGAGAAACAAGGGAGCUAUGUGCUAAUAUUGGAUGAUGUAUGGAGCAGCUUCUCUCUCGAGGAUGUUGGAAUCCUUGAGCCAACUACAGAUAAUGGAUGCAAGUUAGUAUUGACAACACGCUCAGAAGAGGUUGUUCGAUCGAUGGCUUGUAAGAAAGUCCAAGUGUCCUGUCUUUCUAUGGAUGAGUCCAUGAAAUUAUUCUUGAAUAAAUUAGUCGGACAAGACAUGUUGCCUAAUCAAACUAUAGAAUCGAUUAUGAAACUUGUUGUCCGCGAAUGUGAUGGUCUUCCUCUUGCAAUUGUCACGGUAGCUGGUUGUAUGAGGGGAAUAUCUGAUCCUCUUGUGUGGCAAAAUACUUUGAAUGAACUGAGAGGUUAUAUAAGAAACAUCAAGGAUAUGGAAGAUAAGGUGUUUGCGUGUUUAAAAUUCAGCUAUGAUCGUUUGGAACAAAGAGACCAGGAUUGUUUUCUAUCUUGUGCAUUAUAUCCUGAAGAUUACGAAAUUGAAAAAGAACAGAUAGUUGAAUAUUGGAUGGAACAAGGACUUGUAGAUGAAAUGGAGACUAGACAAGCAAUGCAGGGUAGCGGCCAUUCUAUUUUACGGAAGCUUGAAGAAAACUGUUUGCUAGAAAGGGUUACAAAGGGUACACACAUAAAGAUGCAUGAUGUUGUGAGAGAUAUGGCUUUACAUAUCACAAGAAAAAGAUUUUAUGUAAAAGCCGGUAAACAAUUGGAAGAGCUACCUGAUACGAAAGAAUGGGGUGAAGAUAUCGAGAAGGUUUCCUUGAUGGUUAAUACCAUAUCAAAAAUUCCUCAAAAUAUACGAUCUCUGAGAUGUUGGAAGCUCACGACUUUGUUGCUCUCAAACAAUUCCUUGAUAGAAAUUUCAGAAUCUUUCUUUGAACAUAUGCCUAAUCUUAAGAUUCUUGAUCUUUCUUCGAAUUCUAUUCAAAAUUUGCCCAGUUCUAUCUCCAAAUUAGAGAAUCUCACAGCAUUGUUGCUUUGUCAAUGCUAUGAAUUAAAGAAUGUGCCAUCUCUAUCAAAGCUUCAAGCUCUGAAGAAAUUGGAUCUUAGAGAAACAAAGAUCAAGAAAAUCCCUCAAGGUUUGGAAAUGUUAGCGAAUCUUUGAUAUCUCAAUCUCGAAUUUAACAUGGGGUUCAUACAGAUGCCCGAUGGAGUAUUGUUAAAACUGCAUCGUCUUCAACACUUGACGAUGCGUCCAACAUUAUUGAGAGUGGAAGAGGUGAAGACAUUGGACAAGCUGGAAGUUUUCGAAGGUUGCUUCCCUGACGUGCAUGACUUGAGCCUGUUUGCUGCUCAAAGAAAAAGGCCUAAUAAGUAUCGCAUUUGGGUGAGUAAUGGAUUCAUUGGUCACUGGAGGAAUUUCAGUGUCAAACCUGUUUUACAUAUAAUUCGCAGAGACUAUGGUAAAAUGGUUACAUUUAAGGGUUUUAUUAUGAAUACUGAAGAUCCAAUCAUACUUCCAUCUGAUAUCCAGCAACUACAACUACGUAAGUGUAAAGGUGGGAGAUCAAGUUUAAACGGUAUUUUUGGUUUAAAAGAUGUAACUGAUUUGAGAGAAUGUACAAUUAUUGAUAGUUGCAAUGGGUUGGAGUCCAUUUUUUCCUCAUGGUGUGCAUCACUCCAAACAAUUGAGGUUCUUCAUAUGAGGUCGUUGAGGAAUUUGGAAGCCAUAGUUGGAGAGUCAGUACCAUCAACGCCUGGCACCUUCUCCUCUCUUAAAGUAAUUCAUUUAGUUUGGUGUGGAAAAUUGAAGAAUUUGUCAGCAAAGUGGGUUUUCCACAACUUGGAAGAGAUCGAAGUUCGGAGUUGUAUAGGAAUGGAGGAAAUAAUAGCAUCAGAGAUAGAAGGGAUGAGUACCGAUAACGUCGUCAUGUAUACUCUUCCCAAAUUAAGGAUAUUGAAAUUGGUUCAUCUGCCAGAAUUGAAGAGCAUUUGUAAAACAAAUGAAGUAAUGGUUUGUGAUUCUCUCCAACAAAUUGAGAUAUGGAAUUGUCCAAAGCUAAAGAGGAUACCUCUAUAUCUUCCCCUGCUUGAGCUUGGCAAUAGCCAACCAUCUCCUCCUCGUCUCAAAGAAAUCUGUAUGGAUCCAGAGGAAUGCUGGGAGUCAAUGGAGUGGGACCAUCCAAUGCUAGGAAUGUCCUUCUACCUUUGCUCAAGUUCCGGAAUGGCAGCAAUACACAAUGGGUGA